CACAAAUGUCCUUUAACAGUAGUUUGAGAUAUCCAUCAGUAUGUUGCUCAUUUUCAUAACCAACAGUCUCUCACUCUAUAUUUCAGACUUUGAAACCAUCAGAAGACAUGCAGUGGAUGUGACUCUAGACCCUGAUACUGCACAUCGUAAACUCAUCCUGUCUGAUGACGGGAAACAAGUGAGACAUGGAGAACUAGAUCAGGUUCUCUCUGACAACGGGAAGAGGUUUACAAAUUGGUCCUGUGUCCUGGGAAAUGAGGGCUUCUCAGGGAAGUUCUACUAUGAGGUGAAGGUGGAGGGGAAGACUGAGUGGACUUUGGGGGUGGUCAUACAGUCCAUCAAUAGGAAUGAGAGUUUUAUACCAAUCCCUCAUAAUGGAUACUGGACUGUGGAGCUGAAGGAUGGAGAGUACACAGCUCACGCUGAUUCCCCUGUCACCUUCACCCCGAGAGAGGAGCCCCAGAAGGUGGGGGUGUUUGUGGAUUAUGAGAAGAGACAGGUCUCCUUCUACAAUGUGGAGGACAGGUCUCAUAUCUACUCUUUCACUGACUGCUCCUUCACUGAGAAACUCUAUCCAUUCUUCAACCCUGGUGAUUCAGAUAGUAUUUCACUGGUCGUCUGUCCUGUGGAUGCCACUGACUGACUGUUUUAAAUCAAACAAGGUGCAAUUGUUAUUUGUGAAAUGCUUGUUACUCUGCUAAUGUGCAGUAAAUAUACUGUAUAUAAUUUUAAAAAGUGCUGAACAAGUAGUUAUAUUGACAACAUCCGUCCGAGCUCAUUUAUGUCUUAGUGGAAAUGACGGAUUGUCUCUUAUCCGCUCCUCGUUCCACACUCACUCAACAGCCUGCCUCACUGCCUGAUAGAUAGUCAGCAGCAGCAGAUCACAUUUAAAUAUAUAUAUUUUUGAAAUGGCAUGUUGGCCGCGGUGCAAUCUAGAAGUUGAACAACCCACGACCAGUAUAUUUUCACCUGCGACAUCGUUUUCAAAGUAACCCAAUUACAGGAAUUUGCGAACAUUGCAACCCUGAGUUCAAGUGCGAAACCGAAAGUAUCCUUGGCUGUAGACCGUUGGUUGUAAUGUAGCCCAGGCGUAUGACUCUAAUGCAGCCUUCUGUUACUCUUUAAGGUCCAAUGAUCUUUAUAUACUGAACAAAAAUAUAAACGCAAUAUGCAACAAUUUCAAAGGUUUUACUGAGUUACAGUUCAUGUAAGGUAAUCAGUCAAUUAAAAUAAAUAAA